AGUCCACCAAGGCGGACAGCUGGAGAGUGCUCUCUCUCUGACCGGCAGGCUGCACCACUCCUGCUGCUGUCCGCAGUCAGAAUGAGCAUCUACGACUCCCAGAAGGCCAUGCAAUCCACCCGCAGGGUCGGGUCCAAGAGCGACCUGAGCCCCGGCGCCAUGUACCAGUACGCACGGAGCGAGAUCGUGCAGGGAGCCGGUGGAUACGGGCCUCCAGAGCCCUACAUGGACGGGUACACCAGCUACACCAUCUCCAAGUCUAUGGGAGGAAUGGGAGGCGGAAUGGGGAGCAUCAACCUCAACUCCAUCCACCAGAGAUCUAUGAUCAUGCAGGGUCAGUGUCAGGAGUACCUGAAGAAGGCCGAAAACGCCCUUCAGUCUAAUAAUGAUUCCGGUGAAGCAGAGCGCUACAUGGCAAUGGCCAAAGAGACCAUCGAUCAGCUGAAGGGUUUGGCUACAGACCUGAGACAGAUGGGACAACCAAAUGACAAUGUCAUCAGAACUUUAGAGAUUUGCAGAGAACAGCUGAAGGAGGUCCACAUGGUUAUGACUGGUUCUUUGCGGAGGAGGAAUUCCAGACUGAGUUCUGGACCCUGGGAGGAUCACGGGAAGAGCUUCAAUGAUGCUGUAGCCUGGAUUGGACAGCAAAAGCGGCUGAUUGAAACCGCUCCCUGGGGAGACGAUCCAGCCACUAUUGAGCAGCAGCUGUUGUCCCACCAGAGGUUUCAAAGCAGCAUCCAGAGGAGUCAGGAGGUGGAGCGAGCCCGGGAGGAGCUGAUCAAGAAAGGUGACAAAGGAAGUCUUCACGCUCUGGAACAGGAAUGGGACAGUCUUCAGAAAUUGUCUGGCGCCCGGACAAACCAGCUUCGAGAACUCCUGCAGAUCAUCGAGGAAAUCUCGAAGGAGAUCAUGUGGGUGAACGACAGGGAGGAGGAGGAGCUCGUCUUCGACUGGGGAGACAAGAACGUUGACCAGUACAUCCCGAAGAAGCAGGAGAGCUACUCUAAACUGAUGAGCGCGUUGGAGGUCAAAGAGAAGGAACUCAACAAGCUGAAAACUAAAGUGGACACCAUCCUGAAGAACAACCACCCAGCUGCAGACAAGAUCGACGCUUAUCAGGACACUCUGCAGACUCAGUGGAGUUGGCUCCUGCAAAUCACCAAAUGCAUCGACAUUCAUCUGAAAGAGAAUGCUGCUUACAGCCAGUUCUUUAAGGAGGCCAAUGAGACGUACAUCGCCCUGCAGAAGGAACACGAGUCAGUCCAUAAGACGUUUAUCUGUGACAAGAAGACAUCGCUGGAGAACCUGCUAGAGCUUCUUAAAGCACUGGAGAAAGAGAAGGAGAGGAUCCUGGAACAUAAACGGCAGGUCCACCAUCUGGUCAGUAAGUCCAAGAGCAUUGUGAGACUGAAACCCAGGAACCCAGAGGAGAAGAGCAGCAGCCCCGUUAUCGUUAAGGCUCUGUGCGACUUCAAACAAGAACAGAAGGUGAUCUGUAAAGGCAACGAGGCCAUCCUGAAGGACAACAGCCAGCGUAGUAAGUGGCACGUGACGGGUCCAGGAGGACUCGACAUGCUGGUGCCCUCUGUGUGCCUGAUCGUACCACCACCCAAUCCCAUCAGCAUCGGCCUCGCCAACAAGAACGAGCAAUACUUUGAGUCCAUCCUGACCAUAUGGAACCAGCUCUACAUCAACAUUAAGAGCCUGAUUGCCUGGCAGUACUGCAUGCUGGAUAUCAAACGCAUCAACUCCCUCACUAUUUCAAUGCUGGCCCGCAUGCGUCCUGAGGAGUACCGCCAAAUCAUCAAGAGCCUGGAGGAACACUUCAUGGAGUUCAAACGGACCUCAAUGGGCUCUCAGAUGUUUGCUGAUGAGGACAAGCAGAUCAUUGAGAAACAAGUCACUGGAGCCCAGACCCACUAUGACCAGCUAGUGGUGCAGCUGCCAACUUACAUUGCACAAGAACAUGUACAAAUUCAGCCAGUCGAGCAGACACAGCAAGUGUUCUACAUACAACAGCCACAGCAUGUCAUCCUGGUGGAAGGACGGUUCACAGAAGAGAUAAGGACUGAAGAGGAAAGACGGAUGUUGGAAGAGAUGAGCCAUGAAGAAGAAGAAAGGGAGUUAGCUGAAGAGAGGUGGCGCGAAGAAGAGAGACGCAAAGCCGAAGAGAGGAGGAGACUGGAAGAAGAGAGGAGGCUUGAAGAAGAGAGAAGGUUAGAGGAAGAGAGGAUGAGGCUGGAGGAAGAAAGACUUAAGGCAGAAUUGAAAAAACUGACAGAGAAGAAGAAAGAGACUGUGAUUAAGAGGGAAACGGUGAAAGUGGUCAAGGCAGAGCCGGGGAAGAGGAAGGCGUCCUCCUCUUACUCCUCCCAUAGUUUAUCAGAUCUACACGCUCUGAGACUGAGACUAGAGGCCGCCGAGGGGACGCUUAGUCAGCACACUCACAUCUGCCUAGGAGACGACUGGAUGCAGGACUGCCGCCUGAAAAUCUCAGAAUUGGAGACAGUGCAGCAAGACGUCGACUCAAUACGUGAGGAGUACCUGCGUCUGAGGGAUCGUGUUAUGAAGGAGCAGGAGGAAACGAGCGACUCAGAUAAAGCACAGUUCCUUCGCAGCGAGAUCGGAGCCAUCAACCAGAGACUGGGCAGUUUAGAGGGCAGCUCCUCAGCUUACCUACAGCGGCUGCGGGCUCUCAGGGACCUCCUGGAGAGUGUGGCUCGAGCUGAAGAUAUCGUGAAAGUUUAUGAGGCCAGGCUGACAGAGAAGGAGACAACAUCUCUGAAGCCUAGUGAAGUGGAGGAAUACAUGACAAGUCUGGAGAACAUUAAAGCAGAACUGGAUAUGAAGAAGGACAUUCUGGCCUCCAUGGAGGCCGAGCUGACCAAGGCGAGUCACUGGAACGACCACGCGGGCGGGUUCUUCAACAGGUGUGACAUGAUGCUGACCAAAUACACGGAGCAGGUUGGCCAGCUGUCAGACCGCUGGAGGCGGAUCCAGGGCCAGCUUGAUACCAGACUCCAGGAUCUGCAGGUCUAUCUGCCUCAGCUGCAGCACUAUAAACAGACCAGCACCUCUCUUGUGGACUGGAUUGAGUCUACGCGGAAAAAAGAGGAAGCGAUGCAAGCCACGGAGAUAGCCAGCGUCCAAGCCCUGAAAGAUCAUAUUAACAAUCAGAAGGCUCUAAAUUCAGAAAUCAAAGGGCGAAGGGAAACCCUCGAAAGUGUCCUGAAGGACAACAAGGCCUGUGUGAACUCUAUAAAGGAUUAUGAAACGGAUUUGACCACUUAUAGCUCCGGUUUAGAGACUCUGCUCAACAUCCCUAUCAAGAGGACAAUGCUGACGUCUCCAUCCGUGGAUCUUACGGAGGAGGCUGCAUCGAUGCAGACCCAGUACAUGGAGUUGCUUACUCUCUCUGGGGACUACUACAGAUACCUGGGAGAUCUGCUCAAAAACAUGGAGGAACUUAAGAUUCGUAACACAAGGAUUGACGUGUUGGAAGAAGAACUCCGCCUGCUGAAGGGGGAUAUUCUGGACCGAGACACCAAAAACAAAUCGCUGGAAGACGCUGUUGCCCGCUACCAGCUGGAGCUGUCCCAGUCCAAGGACCAGCUUCUGGUGGUAGAGGAAGUGAAAAGAAACGCAGCUCUACAGUGCAGUGCCACCAAGGACAGCCUGGACAGCACCCAGAGCCAGUUGGCUGACCUCAACGAUCAACUGGCUCGGCUCAACUACUUGCUUGAAGAAGAAAAGAGGAAGAGGAGGCUGGCAGAGGAGCGCUACACUAAGCAGCAGGAGGAGUAUGACGUGGUACUGAGGAAGAGGCAGAAGGAGCUGGAGACUGUUAACUGGUCCAAGAUGGAGGUGGAGAAGAAUGUGUCAGAUAAGGACCACCAGAUUGAGCAGCUGCGUCGCCAGCUAGCUGAGGAGGCAUCGAAGAUCAUGGAGCUACAAAGAGAGAUGUCAAAGGUAAGGAGCCAGUGCAAUGAGGAGAUCAGUAACUUAAAGCUCAGCUACGAGUCUCAGAUCCACGUCAGUCAUGCCGACAUGCAGAGGCUGUCUACCCAGAGAGAGGAAGACACAGCUGAGCUCCAGAUGCGGUAUGACAGGAUGGAGGCAGAAAAGAGGAAUCUAGAGGAGGAGCUCAGUAGGUUGAGAAUGUCUCUCGACGAGGCUGAGGAGCAAAGGAAGAGGACAGAGGAAGAGGUUUACAGUCAGCGCUAUUUAAUCACAGAGGAAGCCCGCAGGAGAAGAGAACUGGAGGAUCAGGUGGAGGUUCUAAUUAGACAAAGGGACGAGGAAAUGAGGCAGCACAUGGAGGAGAUGGCUGAAGCAAUGAAGAACCUGGAGGAGAAGAAUGAGCAGCUAGUCUAUCUUACAAGUAGUCUAGAGGAGGAGACCCGCAGGAGGACAACCAUAGAGGAAGGUCAAGGCAUGCUAGAAGAGACUCUGGCUCAGCUGCAGGUCAAGAUAACGAGCUCAUCCAUCGCUGACACCCAGCUGAGGGAGACUGAAGAGGAGCUUCAAAAGGUUUGCUUGGAACUGGAGAGAGAGAGCCGGGAGAGAAGCAGAGUGGAACAGAACUUGGCCAUGUUACAGGGGCGCAUCAAGGACCUUCAAGCUGUGAGAGAUGGGUUGGAGAGUCAGGUAGAGGCUCUGAGGGAUAACAUCCAAGAGGAGAUCAGCAGAAGAAGACAAGUUGAAACAGAGGUGGAAAGAAACACCACAAGUAUGACAGAGUACACAAACACCAUCAUCGCAUUACGCCAGAGCCAAGAACAAGCCUACAUGUCGGAAAAGAGUGGGGAAGAAGAGCGAAUUAGGUUGCAGGAGGAGCUAGAGAGGAUCUUGAGACAAAACAAGAUAUCCACAGAGCGUGCAGCACAGCUGAGCUCCGAGCUGAAAGCCAUGCAGCAGCAACUCCUCCACGAGCAAACACAAGUCAAAGAAGCAAACCUUCAGAAUGAAGGUCUGUCCAGAAGUAUAGAGGAGAAGAAUAAAAUACUGAAUGAGAGCUUUGCUGAGCUUCAAAGGGUGAAAGAGAAGACAGAAUACCAGAAGAAGGAGAUGCUGACGCUGGAAGAGGAACUGAGGGUUAUGCGACAAGGUAAAGAAGAGCUCUUCAGAUCCAAGCAAAGGCAUGAUGAUCAGCUCUCCUCCAAAAUCACUGCUCUUGAAGCGCAGCUGCAAGCUUGUGAGCGCAGAGAUGUGGACUACCAAAACGUGGUCUCAGAGCUCUUGGCAGAAAGGGAGAAAUUCACCCUGGAGACUGAGAAAACACUAAAGCUGCACGCCAAAGUGAAGGAGAGUGAAGAGAACUUUCAGAAGAUCAGCUUGGAGCUAGCUGGAGAGAGCAGGGAGCGGAGUCGAGUAGAAGAGAAUGUGGCCAGGUUGCAGGAACGCAUCAAGGACCUUCAAGCUUUGAGAGAUGGGUUAGAGAUCCAGGUGGAGAGUCUAAGGAAGAGCAACCAAGAAGAAGUUGCCAGAAGAAGACAGGUGGAAACAGAGUUGGAAACAACCGGCAAGACCAUGACGGAGUACACAAACACCAUCUGUGCUCUACGGCAGAGCCAAGAACAAGCCAACGUGUCAGAAAAAAGGGAGAAAGAAGAAAAACUCAGGAUGCAGGAUGAACUAGAGAAGAUUACAAGGCAAAACAAGACAUCUACAGAGCGUGCCGCACAGCUGAGCUCUGAGCUGAAGGCCUUGCAGCAGCAACUCCUCCAACAGCAGAAACAAAUCAAAGAAGAAAACCUCCAGAGUGAAGGUCUUCACAGACGUAUCGAGGAGAAGACUAAAGCCCUGAGUGAACACUCAGUAGAGGUUCAAAGGCUGAAAGAGUUGUUGGAAUGUCAGACCAAGGAGAGGCAUAAGCUGGAAGAGGAGCUGCUUCUAGCAAACCGUAAUAAAGAAGAAUUCUUCAGAUCCAAGCAGAGUCACGAUAAUGAGCUCUCCUCCCAGAUUGCUGCCCUUCAGCUGCAGCUGCAAGAUAGCGAGCGCAGUAACACAGACUACCAUAAUCUGGUCUCAGAACUCUCCUCCGAGAGGGAGAGACUCAAGUUGGAGACUGAGAAAAUACAAAAGCAGGCCACCGAGACCACAUCCAUGAUGCAGUCCCUUCAGUCUCAGUACAGUGACAUACUGAAGGAGCGAGAUGAGCUGCUGUGGAAACUACAGCUGCAGGAAGGCAAUAAAGAUCGCGCCCAAAGGCUGGAUGAUGAACUCAGCCGCAUGAAACUUUCCCUGGAGUCUGAACUUCGCAACAAGCAGCGUUUUCAGGAAGAGUGUGACAGGGUGAAGAAAGAUGUAACUUACUGGAAGAACCAAUAUGAGAGCAAGCAGAGCAUGAUGAGGCAAUAUGACACAGAUAUUGAACAUAUGGAAAGGGAAAAGAAUGCUCUGAAAAGUGAAAUAGAGAGACUGAAGAGGGAACUUCGAGAGAUUGAGGAGUCUUAUAAAAGUAGACUCUCAGGCAUUCAGAAAGAACUGAGAGAAGUGACCACUGUCAGACAAACCAUGGAGACUGAGCUGAAGAGAACACGAGAGGCGCCAACUUUGGACACAUCUGCUGUGAGCUUUGAAGGUGUGCGUAAGCCGGUCACAGCACAGCAGUUGCUUGAUUGCAGUGUUUUAGACAAGUCAACAUUUAACCAGCUUGCGAAGGGUCACAAAACUGUCCCUGAGGUAUCUGUUGACAAAAAGGUCACUCUCAAAGGGACAGGCCCAAUUGCUGGAGUGAUACUUGAAGGUGCAAAAAGUGCAGGGUCUACUACUGGACUUCUCAGCAAAAUAACUCUCACUGAAGCUAAGAAAGAAAACCUCCUACUACCAGAUUGUGUUGACCUGUUGCUUGAUGCUCAGGCUGCCACAGGACAUAUCAUCGACCCAAGAACUAAUCUGAAGUUGACUGUGGAGGAGGCAUGCAAUCAGGGUGUAAUUGAUGAGGAGGACCGAGAGCGGUUGCUUGCAGCAGAAGCUGCAGCUGUAGGCUAUAGUAGCCCCGGCACAAACAAAGCCCUAUCUGUGUUUCAGGCCAUGAAGAAAGGAAUGAUUGACAAGAAUACAACGCUGCGUCUGUUACAAGCCCAAGAGUCUGUGGGGGGCAUUUUAGACCCCGUUCUCAGUGUGUUUCUUCCCAAAGAUACAGCAAUGGAACGUAAUCUAAUUGAUGACAACACAUACCGUACUCUGAGUCAAAGGCCAGAGCUCUAUCUGGACCCAGAAAGUGAGCAGGGUGUCACAUAUAUGUCACUGAAGAGGCGAUGUAAAAUUGAGCCACAGACAGGUCUUUUGCUUCUUCCUGUCGCUGAGAAGCUAGACCCCUCCAAACUUGUCUUUGACGGUGUUCGGAAACCUGUCACAGCUAAACAACUGCUUGAUUGUGGCGUACUGGACAAGCCCACUUUUAAAGAACUAGAAAAAGGAACAAAAAAUAUCCCGGAGGUAUCUGUAGAUAAAAAUGUUAAUCUCAAAGGAACUGGGCCAAUUGCUGGAGUUGUAGUUGGACAACAAGGAAAAAUGUCUUUUUCAGCAGCAAAGAAACAGAUGCUCCUACCCUCUGAUUGUGCAGACCUACUACUGGAAGCCCAGGCUGCUACUGGACACAUCAUUGACCCCAUAAAAAAUAAAAAGCUAACUGUGGAGGAGGCGUAUGCAAAAGGAGUAAUUGAUAUGGCAGACCAGGAUAGACUGCUGGAAGUAGAGGCUGCUGCUGUGGGCUACAAGGAUCUCAGCAGAGCCAAACCUCUUUCUGUGUUUGAAGCUAUGAAGAAGGGAAUAAUUGAGAAGAACACUGGACUACGUCUGCUGCAGGCGCAGUUGUCUGUGGGGGGCAUUCUAGAUCCCAAUAUCAGUGUGUUCCUUCCUAAAGACACAGCAAUAAAGCGCAGUCUUUUGGAUCAAAACCUCUGGCAAACAUUAACCCAGAAUCCAGAAUGUUAUAUUGACCCAGAAACUGAGAAAAAUUCCAGUUAUGGGGCUUUGAUAAAGAGAUGCAAGACAGAGCCACACACAGGCCUAUUACUUUUGCCCAUUUCUGAGAAGCUUGAUCCCUCUAAACUGCUUUUUGAAGGUGUGAGGAAGCCAGUGACAGCUAAGCAGUUGUUUGAUUGUGGGGUUCUGGACAAACCAACAUUUAACCAGUUACUGAAGGGAGAGAAAGGUGUGCCAGAGGUGUCUGAAGAGAAGAAGGUCUUUCUGAAGGGGACAGGGCCCAUAGCUGGGGUAGCAGCUGGACCUUUAGGCAAAAUGUCUUUGUUAGAAGCUAAGAAACAGAUGUACCUGUCAGCAGAGAGUGCAGAUUUGCUGCUUGAUGCUCAGGCUGCCACAGGCCACAUUAUUGAGCCCACAACAAAUCAGAAGCUGACAGUGGAUGAGGCAUGUGCCAAACGAGUGGUUGAUACAAAGGAUCGAGACAGAUUACUGGCAGCUGAGGCUGCUGCAGUGGGCUACAGGGAUCCAAGCACAUCAAAGUCUCUAUCAGUAUUUGAGGCUAUGAAUAAAGGAAUAAUUGACCAGAAGACUGGGCUGCGCCUUUUACAGGCCCAGGAGUUUGUGGGCGGUAUUCUAGAUCCCAACCUCAGUGUGUUUCUCCCAAGAGACACAGCUAUAAAGCGCAAGCUUUUGGAUGAAAGUGUUUCUCAUGCCCUAAACCAGCAACCUGAACAUUACAUUGACCCAGAAACAGAGCGCGAUACGAGCUAUCAGGCAUUGAAGAAAAGAUCCAAGAGAGAGUCUCACACAGGACUACUUCUUUUGCCGCUCUCUGAGAUGACACACCCUUCAAAAGUACUGUUUGAUGGAGUCCGUAAGCCAGUUACAGCCAAGCAGUUGCUUGAAUGUGGGGUUCUGGACAAACAAACAUUUAAAGAAUUACUAAAGGGAGAGAAAACUGUCCAAGAGGUGUCUGAAGAAAAGAGAGUUUUCCUCAAGGGGACAGGGCCAAUAGCUGGGGUGACAGCAGGAUCUUUAGGGAAAAUGUCUUUGUCAGAAGCUAAGAAACAGAUGUGCAUACCAUCAGAAAGUGCAGAUUUGCUACUGGAAGCCCAAGCUGCCACAGGCCACAUUAUUGAUCCCAAAACUAAUCAGACAUUGACAGUAGAAGAGGCAUGUGACAAAGGAGUUGUUGAUAUCAAGGAUCAAGACAGAUUAUUAGCAGCAGAGGCUGCUGCUGUGGGCUACAAGGAUCCGAGCACAGCAAAGCCUCUGUCUGUGUUUCAGGCCAUGAAGAAGGGAAUAAUUGACAAAAUCACUGGGCUACGCCUUCUGCAGGCUCAAGAGUCUGUGGGUGGGAUUCUGGAUCCCAAUCUCAGUGUGUUCCUCCCUAAAGAUACAGCAAUGAAGUACAACCUUUUGGAUGAAAGUGUUUCUCACACACUAACCCAGAAUCCUGAGCAUUAUAUUGACCCAGAAACUGAGCAUGAUGCCAGCUAUCAGUCUUUGAAGAAGAGAUGCAAGACAGAGCCUCACACAGGUCGACUGUUUUUGCCCAUCUCUGAGAGGCAAGACCCUUCCAAGUUGCUGUUUCAAGGUGUCCGUAAACCAGUUACAGCCAAGCAGUUACUGGACUGUGGGGUUCUAGAUAAACCAACAUUUAACCAGCUAGUGAAGGGGGAGAAAACUGUACCAGAGGUUUCUGAUGAUAAGAAGGUCUUUCUAAUGGGAACAGGCCCAAUAGCUGGAGUGGCAGCUGGUUCUUUGGGGAAAAUUACUUUUUCUGAAGCGAAGAAACAGAUGUACAUGCCACCAGAUAGUGCAGUCUUGCUACUGGAGGCUCAGGCUGCCACAGGCCAUAUCAUUGACCCCACAACCAAUCAGAAACUGACAGUAGAUGAGGCCUGUGCCAGAGGAGUAGUUGAUGUUCAAGAUCAAGACAAAUUAUUGGCGGCAGAGGCAGCUGCUGUGGGGUACAAAGAUCCAAGAACAGGAAAGCUGCUGUCAGUGUUUGAGGCCACGAAGAAGGGAAUAAUUGACAGAAAGACUGGGCUGCGCCUUCUACAGGCCCAAGAAUCUGUGGGAGGCAUUUUAGAUCCUGUCAUUAGUGUGUUUUUCCCAAAAGAAUGGGCAAUAAAGCGUGGACUUUUAGAUGAAAGCCUCAGUCAUGCGCUUAGCCAGAAACUGGAAUGUUACAUUGACCCAGAAACAGAGGAUGAAGCCAGCUAUCAUGCUUUGAUAAGGAGGUGCAAGACAGAAUUUCAUACGGGUCUGCAACUUUUACCAAUCUCUGAGAGCAUACACCCUGAAAAGCUGAUGUUUGAUGGUGUCCGUAAGGCAGUUACCGCCAGACAAUUACUUGAUUAUGGGGUUCUGGAUAAACCAACAUUUAAAGGACUACAGAAGGGGGAAAAAACUGUCCCACAGGUGUCUGAAGAGAAGAAGGUCUUUCUGAAGGGGACAGGGUCUAUAGCUGGUAUAACAGCAGGUUCUUUGGGGAAGAUGUCCUUGACAGAGGCUAAGAAACAAAUGUGCAUACCACCCGAAAGUGCAAAUUUGCUCCUUGAAGCACAGGCUGCCACAGGCCACAUUAUUGACCCCAGAACCAAUGAAAAACUGACAGUUGACGAAGCAUGUGCCAAAGGAGUUGUCGAUAUUCAGGAUCGAGACAGGUUAUUGGCAGCAGAAGCAGCUGCUGUGGGUUACAAGGAUCUAAGAACAGGAAAGCAGCUGUCAGUGUUUGAGGCCAUGAAGAAGGGCAUAAUUAACAGGAAGACUGGACUGCGUGUUUUACAGGCGCAAGAGUCUGUGGGGGGCAUUCUCGAUCCCCAAAGCAGUGUUUUCCUCCCUAGAGAAAUGGCAAUAAAACACGGUCUAUUAGAUGAUAACCUCUGCCAAGCUUUAAAGCAGAAACCUGAAUAUUACAUUGACCCAGAAACUGAGCAUGAUACCAACUAUGACAAUGUGAUGAAAAGAUGCAAGACAGAUCCUGAGACAGGUUUAUUGCUUUUGCCAGUCAAGGAAAAACUUGACCCAACUAAAUUGCUCUUUGAUGGUGUACAUAAGUCUGUUACAGCCAAACAAUUACUUGAUUGUGGAAUCUUGGACAAACAAACAUUUAUGCAACUACUGAAGGGAGAGAAAUCCAUCUCAGAGGUGUCUGAGGAUAAGAAAGUUUUUCUGAAGGGGAGAGGUUCAAUAGCUGGGGUGACAGCUGGACCCUCAAGGACAAUGUCUUUAUCAGAAGCUAAAAAGCAAUUGUGCAUACCAGAAGAUAGUGCAGAUUUGCUACUGGAAGCUCAGGCUGCCACAGGCCACAUCAUUGACCCCAAGACUAACCAGAAGCUGACAGUGGAGGAGGCAUGUUCAAAAGGAGUGGUUGAUGCUCAGGAUCGAGACAGAUUGUUGGCAGCAGAGUCAGCUGCUGUUGGCUACAAGCAUCCAAGCACCACCAAACCUCUCUCAGUGUUUGAGGCUAUGAAAAGGGGCAUAAUUGACAAGAAGAUGGGGCUACGUCUUCUUGAAGCACAGGAGGCUGUGGGAGGAAUUCUAGAUCCCAUCCUCAGUGUGUUCUUCCCUACAGCCACCGCUGUCAAGCGUGGCCUCAUAGAUGAGAGUGUCUGUCAAACCCUUAAACGGGGUGUGAUGUACUAUAUUGACCCAGAAAGUGAACAUGAUACCAGCUAUGACAAUUUGAAGAAAAAAUGCAAAACUGAUCCGCGGACAAACCAAUUACUGUUUCCAGUCGCAGAGAAGCUUGACCCAACCAAGGUGAUCUUUGAUGGCAUCCGAAAGCCAGUUACAGCAAAGCAACUGCUUGAUUGUAAAAUCCUGGACAAACCAACAUUUAACAAACUACUGAAGGGAGAGAAAACUGUCGCAGAGGUGACAAAGGAUUUGAAGAAGUUUCUGAAAGGGAUAGGAUCAGUAGGUGGUGUGACAGCUGGACGUUCAGGGAAAAUGUCUUUAACCCAAGCUAAGGAACAAAUGUGCAUACCACAAGAAAGUGCAAAUUUGCUGUUGGAAGCACAGGCUGCCACAGGCCACAUCAUUGACCCCACAACCAAUCAAAAGCUGACAGUCGAUGAGGCAUGUGCCAAAGGAGUAGUUGAUAUUCGAGACAGAGAGAGAUUAUUGACAGCAGAGGCUGCUGCUCUGGGCUACAGGGAUCCAACUACCGGUGAGUCUCUCUCUGUGUGUGAGGCUUUGAAGAAGGGAAUAAUUGACCAGAAGACAGGACUACGCUUUUUACAGGCCCAAGAGUCUGUGGGAGGCAUUCUGGAUCCCAAAAAUAGUGUUUUCCUCUCUAAAGACACGGCAAUAAAACAUGGUCUAUUAGAUGAUAACCUCCGUCGUGCUCUAAACCAUAAACCUGCAUAUUUCAUUGACCCAGAAAGUGAGCAAUAUGUCAACUAUGACUCACUGAAGAAAAGAUGCCAGACAGAUCCAGAAACAGGUCUGAUGUUUUUGUCAGUCAAAGAGAAGCUUGACCCUUCCAAAUUGCUCUUUGAUGGUGUCUGUAGGCCAGUCACAGCCACACAGUUGUUUAAUUGUGGAAUCCUGGACAAACAAACAUUUGACAAACUCCUGAAGGGAGAGAAAAAUAUCCCAGAUGUGUCUAGGGAUCUGGAGGUUUUUCUGAAGGGGACAGGGUCAAUAGCUGGUGUGAUAACUGGACCUUCAAGGAAAUUUUCUUUAUCCCAAGCUAAGAAACAAAAGUGCAUAUCACCGGAGAGUGCAGAGUUGCUACUGGAAGCGCAAGCUGCCACAGGUCACAUUAUUGACCCCACAACCAAUGAGAAAAUGAGGGUAGACAAGGCCUGUGCCAAAGGAGUAGUUGAUAUUCAGGAUCGAGAGAGAUUAUUGGUAGCUGAGGCUGCUGCUGUGGGCUACAAGGAUCCAAGGACAGGAGAGAGAAUCUCAGUUUGUGAUGCCAUGAAGAAGGGAAUUGUUGACAAGAAGACUGGGCUACGGCUUCUGCAGGCCCAGGAAGCUGUAGGAGGCUUUGUAGAUCCUGACCUUAGUGUGUUCUUCCCUAAAGACACAGCUAGAAAGCGCAAUCUUUUGGAUGAAAGCACCAGACAAGCUCUUCAGAGUGCAGCAUGUUAUACUGAUCCAGACACUGAGUGUGAUGUAACAUAUGACACUCUGAAGAAAAGAUGCAAGACAGACCCAGCCACAGGUCUGUUGUUUUUGCCAGUCACUGAGAAAGUUGACCCUUCAAAACUAAUUUUUGAUGGUGUACGUAAAUCAGUUACAGCCAAACAGUUGCUUGAUUGUGGGAUCCUGGACAGAGCAACAUUUAAUCAACUGCUGAAGGGAGAGAAAACAGUGACCAAGGUGUCUGAGGAUUUAAAGGUCUUUCUGAAAGGGACAGGGUCAAUAGCUGGAGUGGCAGCUGGACCUUUAGGGAAAAUGUCUUUGUUAGAAGCUAAGAAACAAAUGUGCAUGCCACCAGAAAGUGCAGAUUUGCUACUGGAAGCUCAGGCAGCCACAGGCCUCAUCAUUGAUCCGACAACCAAUCAAACUCUGACCGUGGAAGAAGCAUGCGCCACAGGCGUGGUCAGUAUUAAUGAUCGAGAGAGAUUAUUAGCAGCAGAGGCCGCUGCUGUGGGCUACAAGGUUCCAGGCUCCCACAAACCUCUUUCAGUAUUUGAGGCCAUGAAGAAAGGAAUAAUUGACAACAAAACUGGACUGCGCUUUCUUCAAGCCCAGGAGUCUGUGGGGGGCAUUCUAGAUCCUAACCUUGGCAUUUUUCUCCCAAAAGAAUUGGCUAUAAAGUGCAAUCUUUUGGAUGAAAAUAUCUGUUGCACUUUAAAUCAGAGUCCUAAAUGUUUCAUUGAUCCAGAAUCUGAGCAAAAUACCACCUAUCAUGAUUUGAAGAAAAAAUGCAAGACUGAGACUCGCACAGGUCUGCUACUAUUGCCAUCCUCUCAAAGUCUUGAUGCUUCCAAACUACUUUUUGAUGGUGUCUGUAAAACUGUCUCAGCACAACAGUUGCUUGGUUGUGGAGUUAUUGACAAAACAACAUACGAGUUGCUAUUGAAGGGAAAGAAAACUGUCUCUGAAGUAUCUGUUGAUAAGAAAGUGUUUUUAAAAGGGACGGGGUCAAUAGCUGGUAUUGCAUCUGGACCUUCAGGGAAAAUGUCUUUCACAGAGGCAAAGACAAAGAAUAUUAUACCUUCUGACAGCGCCAAUAUGCUGCUUGCUGCUCAGGCAGCCACAGGUCACAUUAUUGAUCCCAGACGUAAUCAGAAACUGACAGUGAAAGAGGCCUGUGCUAGAGGAGUAGUGGAUAAGGAGGGUGAACCAAUGUUGUUGGCAGCUGAAGCUGCUGCUUUGGGUUACCAAGACCCCAAUACAGGCAAGCUUCUGUCAGUUGGCCAGGCCAUGAGGAAGGGAUUCAUUGAGAAAGACAUGGCUAUAGCUCUGCUGCAGGCUCAGGAAUCUGUUGGGGGUAUUUUAGACCCUGAACUUGGUGUAUUCUUGCCAAAAGACAUUGCUCUUGAUCGGGAUCUCAUAGAUGAGGACCUCCACCAGGCUUUAAAUCAGUGCCCUCAGUGCUAUUCGGACCCAUUCACUGAAGAAUUAACAAGCUAUGUGUCCCUGAAGAAAAAAUGUAAGGUUGAUUUUAGCACAGACCUUUUGCUUCUGCCUGAGAAAAUGAAGCAGAUCACUGUUCAUGGCCUCAGGGGGGAGGUACCAAUCUCAGAUCUGGUGGAUGCCAAGCUUCUGGACCUUACUGAUGUGGAUAAAUUGAGAGAAGGGAAAAUAAGCAGCCAGGAUAUUGAAGACCGUCUGCACUCCUAUCUAAGGGGUUCCACCUGCAUAGCAGGGGUUUAUGAUGAGGCCAGUAGCAAGGUCAUGUCACUCUAUCAGGCCAUGAAAGAGAAGCUGUUGCGCCCUGGGACCACUUUGGAGCUGCUUGAAGCCCAGGCUGCCUCUGGGUUUUUAAUCGAUCCUAUCAACAAUCUCUACUUGUCUGUUAGUGAUGCUUAUGAAAAGCAACUGAUUGGGCCAGAGUUCAAGGACAAACUACUCUCAGCUGAGAAGGCUGUGACUGGUUAUAAAGUGCGUGGUAUAAACAACGUUCUGUCAAUCUUCCAGGCUAUGAAAAGAGGUCUUGUGGAGAAGGGUCAUGGUAUACGCCUGUUAGAGGCACAGAUUGCCAGCGGUGGGAUUAUUGAUCCUCAACACAGCCAUCGUAUUGAUGUCAGCGUGGCAUAUCAGAAAGGCUAUUUCGAUGAGGAAAUGAAUGCAAUUCUGAUGGAUCCUGGUGAUGAUACUAAGGGUUUCUUUGAUCCUAACACAGAGGAAAAUCUAAGCUAUCUUGAACUCAAGGAACGCUGUAUCACUGAUAAGAAGACUGGUCUUGUCUUAUUACCUAUUAAAGACAAGAGAAAGCAAGAAUCCACUCUAAAGAACACUCUAAGGAAGAGAAGGGUGGUAAUUGUGGAUCCAGAAACUAAUAAAGAGAUGACCGUAUGGGAAGCUUACCAAAAAGGGUUUAUUGACCAUGAAACCUUCUUGGAGUUGUCAGAGCAGGAGUGUGAGUGGGAGGAGAUAACUAUCACAGCUCCAGAUGGCUCCACAAGAUUCGUGAUCAUUGACAGGAAGACUGGUCAGCAGUACGACAUAACUGCCCUCCUUGAACAGAAAGUGAUCGAUGAGUCAGUUUUGCAUCAGUACCGUUCCCGUAGCAUCACUCUGACCCAGUUUGCAGAUAUAAUCUCUAACAAAACCAAACACCGAUCAUCGAUUACGCUGUCGUCUACUUCAGGAGCCUCAGUAGCUUCAGCAACUUCUUCGGUGACACCAUCUUCAUUGCCAUCCUCAUCAUCAUCAUCAGGCUUAAUGUCCUCAUCUUCCACUUUGACCAGCACAAUCACAACAAAAACCAGGACUGUUUCAGAACAAAGCAGGUCUAUCACCAGUGGAACUCCAAGCUCAUCUGACACCCUGAAGAAAAUAACAAGUGUUUCAGUCACGCUGGCCUCUCCUGUUGAAUCAAUGGUUGAACAAGAUCCUGUGGGAGCAGUAUUUGACACAGACAACGUAGAAAAGAUAUCCAUCAUGGAAGCACAAAAUCUUGGGCUUGUUGAUUCAAUCACUGCUUUGAGACUGCUGGAGGCCCAGGCCUGCACCGGAGGAAUCAUCAAUCCCGCAAAUGGCCAGAAGCUCAGCCUUCAGGAAGCUACCUGCCAAGGAAUAAUAGAUGAAAACAUGGCCAAUAAGCUUAAACCUGCCCAAAAGGCUUACGCUGGCUUUGAAGAUGUAAAAUCCAGGAAGAAGAUGUCUGCUGCUCAGGCCAUGAAGGAGAUGUGGCUGCCAUAUGAGGCAGGCCAAAGAUUUAUAGAGUAUCAGUUUGUAACAGGUGGGCUUUAUGAUCCAGAGAUGGGCUGUAGAAGAUCAAUACAAGAUGCGCUGAAAAUGGGAUGGUUGGAUGGGAGAACAGCCGUGAAGCUCCAGGACGUUGCGCAUCACACUAAGAAUCUGACAUGUCCCAAGAGUAAACUCAAGAUCUCUUACAAGGAGGCACUGGAUAACUGCAUGAUGGAGGAAGGCACUGGGGUGAAAAUGCUUCAGGCAUCAAAUGUGUCCUCGAAAGGGAUCAGCAGUCCUUACAAUGUCGCCUCUGCCCCGGGAUCUUCUACAGGGUCCAGGAGUGGCUCACGAAAAUCUUCUCGAAGGAGUAGUUUAGACUUAGGGUCCCCAUCCUCUUCAACCAGUCGCUACACUCAUACCACCUACUCCUUCUCCACAUCCACCAGUUAAUGCAUUCGACAUCCACACACAAAUGAAUAAUUUGUUAGAACAUUUCAGAUGUUCUGAUUUUAUUAUUAUUAUUUUUUAAAUGUGUGUUGUGAACGAGGAUAAAAAUUCUUUAAAUAUUGUUUGCAGAUUUUUACAUUCUAGCUUGGAUAUGGUCAUCCUUUUAAUAAAAACAAUAUAUCUCUUCCAAUUAUGAUGAAAAAUCAAAGCUAUAUUAAUGAAAUAAAAAGUAUUAUCACCAGGUUUUAUAGUGUAUUUUGGAUUAAAAACACAGUUUGUUUAUAAGUGCCCUAUUUCAGUUUUAGUUUACAAAUUUUUCACAAAAUGUAUCGUUUUUUUUUUUGUUUUUUUUAAUUGUUGCUUUUUUCUUCUUGGUGAUAAUGGUGACAUUUACGGUAACUUGGCAUCUCAAAUAACCACUGUGCCUCAUAUAUGUAGGGAGGGAUACAAAGUUGGGUAAUUUUUCAUUUUUAAUUUGUACCAAUUCUGUUGCUCUUGAGGUUUUUACUAUAUUUUGUCAACAUUUAAAAAUAAAGAUUAAGUUUUACACGG